GUCUGUAUCUCGUUUGUGCUAAAGUUUUUACCUCGUGGUAAAUUUGUGAAAUAGGCAAGCUUGUAGAUUUAAGAUCCAAUUAAAAACUUAACAUCCUGAAAUAAUACUUUGCGAAUUUAAAAAUGGGCAAGAGAAAUAAUAUGAUUCCAAAUGGGCACUUCCAUAAAGACUGGGAGAGAUUUGUUCACACAUGGUUUAACCAACCAGCCAGAAAGUACCGCCGCAAACAAACUAGAAUUAAGAAAGCUCGAGAUGUUGCGCCAAGGCCUGUGAAGUUACUCAGACCUGUGGUACAUUGCCCAACAGUGCGAUACCACACAAAGAUUCGACCAGGAAAAGGUUUUACCUUGGCAGAGUUAAAAGCCAGUGGUAUAAGUAGAAGAUUAGCGACAACCAUUGGAAUUGCAGUAGAUGCAAGAAGACGCAACAAGUCUGUUGAGUCGUUACAAACAAACGCUCAAAGACUGAAAGAAUAUAAAUCAAAAUUGAUUCUCUUCCCAUUGAACGAGAAAAAACCUAAGAAUGGUGAUGCUACUGAAGAAGAGAUGAAACUUGCCACACAAAUUAAAGGAGAAAUCAUGCCAGUUAGACACCAAACACGAGUUAAAGCUAAGGCUCGUGUAAUUUCGGAGAACGAGAAGAAGUUUUCUGCUUAUACAACUGUUCGUACAGCUCGAGCUGAUGCCAGACUAGUAGGAAUUCGUGCGAAACGUGCGAAAGAUGCAGCAGAGAAUCCAGAUGAGGUUGCUAAAGACAAAAAGCCUAAAAAGUAAUUUGGAACUUUGUAAAUAAAAUUCAUGAGAAAUAAAUCAUGUUUAUUGAAGUAAAUCGUAUUUUGCAUUAUUCAUUUCAAUAAAAUUUUAUUUAUCAUUAGA